ACGUCCACUGUAUUCAGGAUUUUGUUAAAUAAUUUGUUUUCAUUUAAAAUAAAUUUCACAAAUUACACCAUCUGCCGAUGUGACUGUGUAUUCAUGUAAACUCUAUUUUUAAUUAUUGAUGAUUGAUGAAUGAAGAGAUUGAUGACGAAAUCAUAAUGUCAUAAUGGUCUUGUCAAGCGACAUUAUACUAUCGAUUAAUAGAUUGCAUGAAUUUGUGGAUGUGUAAGACAUUGCUAUAAGUGACUCGUCUUUCCAGAUCAGUUCAUAUCCGAAUGCGGUAAUGUUUACAUUGAGUGGAAAUUUAAUUCCCGAGCGGAACAUUUUUCUCUCGUAUUACGUUCUGUGAAUUAUCAGAAAUAAAGUUUUAAUUGUUGGCUCGUCGGUGCUUUCUUAUCAGACAAUAAAUUGUUGCUCAGACUUACAAUAGUGUGUGUUGUCGCUAUGCGUGCGAUUCUAGUGUUCCUUGCAUUUGUGCAAAUAUUUACCGAAAUCAAAUCGCAAAACGAAGAUCAAAGAGACGUUGAAUGGUCGGAAAACGAUCCGCGAUGGGAAACUCGAAUUCCAAACUGGUGGGAAGAGGAUACUUUUAUUCCACCUGUCGGACCGAUCGAAGAACGAGCUGGUGAAUUUUGGACUGAAUUUGGCCAAAAUGUGUUGGAGCAAAAAAUUAGCCAGAAACAGAACUUGAAUAAAGCCAAAAAUCUGAUUUUAUUCAUUGGUGAUGGUAUGGGACUCUCAACGUUAAUGGCAACCAGAUCCUACAUAGAUGAUGUUCAAACUGAGCUAUCAUUUGAAAAGUUCCCCUACUCCGGAUUAGCGAAACCGUAUUGCAUAAACUACCAAGUGCCAGAUUCGGCAUGCACAGGAACCGCUUUGAUGACUGGCGUUAAGAAUAACUACGGCACAAUCGCCGUUGAUGGAAAUGUAAAUCUGCGAAAUUGUACCGCUCAGCUGGACAGUAGCACUCAUUUGCAUUCACUGUUAAAAUACGCUCAAGAUGCUGGAAAAUCAACAGGGAUCAUCACUACAACCCGUAUAACCCAUGCCACUCCAGCAUCAACGUACGCAAAAACUGCAUCGCGUUAUUGGGAAUCGAAUGAAAACACUCCGAGCGAAUGCGAAGACAUUGCUCAUCAACUAAUUCAUGGAGAAAUCGGAUCAAGGUUAGACGUUAUCAUGGGCGGUGGUAGACGACACUUUCUACCAGACACGCAAGGCGGUUAUCGUACUGAUAAUCGGACUCUUAUCAACGAGUAUUUGCAGAUUCAACAAAAUAACAAUAAAAUGGCUCGCUAUGUCGAAAAUAGAACAGACCUGUUAGCUAUCGACGAAGCGAGCACCGACAAAAUUCUCGGCAUUUUUGCCCACAGUCACUUGGAAUAUAAACUCCUAUCAGAUUCUAUAGACCAGCCAACACUGAUGGAAAUGACCACAAAAGCCCUGCAAAUUCUGAAGAAAAAUGAAAAUGGCUUCGUACUCGUCGUCGAAGGUGGUCGCAUUGAUACAGCCCACCAUGACACAUUGGCACAGUUAGCUCUUCAUGAGACCGUAGAAUUUCAUAAAACAGUUGACUUCGUGCGAAGUAACACCGACGAGGAUAAUACGCUGAUUGUGGUCACAUCGGAUCAUAGUACGGUCAUGACUGUGGGAGGUUAUAUGCCUCGCGGGUACAACAUUCUUGGUCCUGGCGAUUAUUCAAGAAACGAUCGCAUGUGGUUCUACACUUUGAGCUAUGCUAAUGGUCCCGGUCAUUCUGAUCAUUUUCAAGCAACCGGUGGAAGAGUGAAUCCACAAGGGCAACGAUAUUUCGAUCCAUAUUUCCGUCGGCCAGCAACAGUGCCGGAGGACGAGGAGACACACGCUGGUGAGGAUGUCGGUGUUUUUGCUAGCGGGCCGUAUGCUCAUCUUUUCACUGGUGUCUAUGAACAAAGUUACAUCAACCAUGCGAUGGUGUAUGCUACAUGUGUUGGUCCAAAAAGCUACAAAAAGAAUCCGCAAUGCACCGACUCUGUGGACAGUUCUUCGAUGAAAUGUACAUCGGUGUGGAUGUUCUCCGUUCUGCUCUGUUUCAUCGUGACAUUUAAGUUAAAUUUAAUGUAACCGUUGCAACAUUGACUUAUAGAGGCUAAACGUUUCAUUGUAAUAGAAAAA